CAAAGAAAAUUGACCAAAGCCUUGAAAAUUAAUUUUAAAAUUUUCCCCAAAAUAUCAAAUCCAGAACCCCUCUUCUCAAUAUAGAAAACUCAGAUAUAUACUGUUUCCAUAUAAGAACAUACAUAUAUGUAUCGAUUCUCCAUUCAGCUUUGACGAUCAAGCGAAAAACUCCGAAUUGGCAAUGGAUGGAUAUCUGAACUCUCUCUUGAUCCAGGUGUCGGAAGAAACUGGAAAUUAACUUGGUUUUUCAAUCAGGGUUAAUGUUGGGUAUAGCUGUAUAUAAUUGCAGCUUUUGGGAUUAGAUAGCUGCUGACUGUACUGAUGUUGUAUAAUUUGUGGUUUGGUUUGACCAACUUGUAAUUGAAUAUUCUGAUUUGGUUUCUUCUGGGAUUAAUUUGGAAAUUUGUGUAUAAGAUGGUUUGAAUCCAUUCAUGAUUGAGGCCGUGUUGUAUUAAGUCUAUUUAGGUGAAACAGAUUUGACAGUGGUGCAGAAUAUUGGGUUUGUUGGUGGGUUGGGAGUUGUUUUACGCAGUAUUGCAGAAUGAGCUUGGAGACUGAUGGUGGGAGCUCCACAGAUUGUGCUUCGGAAACUCAGAAGCAUUCAAGAAAAUCAUAUUCAAGAGAGGUUCUGUUGUCAAUAAGUCAACUGGAGAUAUGCAAGAAGUUACCUAGUGGAUUUAAUGAGCCGACCCUGAGUAAACUUGAAGACAGUUCACAUGGUAUACAAGACCGCCAACGAGUACCUGGCAGCUUACCUUUGCAAGGGUUUAGACGCACCGACUAUAGUUCAUCCCCACCUACUCGUGGGGAUUCCAGUAGUUAUUCCCGAGGCAAUUAUGGAAGAUGGGAAAGCCGUUCGUCUGGAUGGAGUGAUCGAGAUAACGAUGCACAAUCUGAUCGGGAUUCAGAUUCUGGUAGGAGAUAUGGCAAUCAAGCCCCGCGCAUUUCGCAGAGUUCUGAGCAUGAUGGGCUUCUUGGAAGUGGUUCGUUUCCACGGCCAUCUGCGUAUGGAUCUGGAAUAUCUGCACCUAAGGUCCAAGCAAGCAAUAACUAUCAAUCUAACAAGACCAUGGAGCCAUAUCAUCCUCCUCGCCCUUAUAAGGCGGGACCUCACCCUCGAAAAGACACUGAUGCGAUCAAUGACGAGACUUUUGGUUCAGUUGAGUGUACCAGUGAGGAUAGAGUGGAAGAGGAAAGAAGGAGAAGAGCUUCUUUUGAGUUGAUGAGGAAAGAACAGCAUAAAAUUCUUCAAGAGAAGCAGAAGUCAAAACUGGAGAAGCAUAAAACUGAGGACAUUAUAGUACAGCUUGAAGAUAAUAAGGAGGAUAGAACAGUUUUGGAAAAAAAUAGUGAAGUAGAUGGGAUGACCACCCGACCUUCAGCAAACAGUGGUCCGGGAAAAACUUCUUUUCCUUCACCGAAUCCACCAGCUAGACCGCGUAUACCCCCCGGCUUUAAAACCACUGUGUUGGAUAAGAACUCUGGCUCAAAUUUGAGCCAUUCACGCGUGACAGAGGUUAGAGAAUCUGCUAAGGAAGAAAGCCUAUUGGAAGUAAAAGCCUAUGCUGCCCCAAAUGGUCCUCUUCAUAGUGUAGAGAGACAGAGCUUGCAAGAAAUUAGCUCGAGUUAUAAACUUGAAGGUAGGAGUUCACACACAACAAUUUUGAAGAAGAAUGACCAAAUUGCUAAUCAGUCAGUGAGAUCAGAUACUUCUGCCAGGACACAUGGCAUGGAAGAUCAUUUCAAUCAGAGAGCAACUCUUUUAGAGGGUCAUGAAGCCUUGCAUGAGCCUGGAAUUAUUGAACACAGUACCCAGCAAUCUGAUAGGAAAUUUGCUAAGUCUAGUCAAGACCCUUCAGCAUCAAUCUUGGAUAAGAUAUUUGGAAGUGUUAUACCAAUUAAUGUUGGUGACUCUGAGGCUCCUGUUAUGAAUCACGAUAGUAAACCAAAUGACAUGUUGGGCUCAAAGUCUAUACAGCCUUCAAAGUUCGCUCAAUGGUUUAAGGAAGAAGAUAGGAAGACAACAGACGACUCCUCGUCAAAUAGGCCAAAUGAUUUGCUUGCGUUAAUUGUUGGUGGCGAUAAAUCCAGAUCACAAGCUUUUGAUGGUAACAUUUCAAAAAGCUUUCCGUCUGAAUUUUUCGAUCGGAGUCCCGAGCCUACAAGUAAGGUCACAUUGCAUAUGCCUUCUGCACCACUUGGGGUCCCUGAGCUUAUGCAUGAUUCUAGUAAAAGGGAGGCCAUCCCGCCGAUCCUUACUUGUGAGGACCUUGAACAUAAAAUGUUGUCAGAGUAUAGUGAAAAGAAACCUAAUCUGCAGCCUACUUCGCAAGUUUAUGGUACUAAUCGCUUAGACACUGUAGAACAACCGGCAAAUGUGGACAGCAAUGCAUCUCAACACCUCCUCUCAUUAUUACAGAAGGGGACAGGUCUUACAAAUAUGAAAGAGAAGGGCAGUAUUGGCACUGACGCCCAGGAUGGACAUGAUGAGUUUACUGUUCAUGACAGAUCUAAGGAGGAAACUGCCAGGGAUUCUCACGCUCCAGGGAAGGAAGUUACACUUGAAACCCUCUUUGGAUCUGCUUUUAUGAAGGAGCUGCAAUCCGUACAAGCUCCAGUUUCAAUUCAGAAGAACUCAGUUGGUCCUGGACUAAUUGAUGAUUCAGAGACACACAAGUCAUCCUUGCGUGGUUUUGAUGAUGGCCUAUUUUCUUCCGUGAUUGAUGGUAUUGGACCAAAAGGAGGUGGUAAGGAUAACAGACUCUUGCCAUUGAAUUAUAGUGAUCAUUCCAAGAGUGACGCUGCUGAAUUUCGUCUGCCUGCAGAAAACUUAUUUAGUGCUCGUGAUCAUUCGAAUCCCCAGGUCUCAAUGGUUAUGCCUGCAGGGAUUUUGGGUAAAGGAGAGUUGACAACUGGUAGUGUGUCUGGCGGUGACGAAAGGUCCUUGAUGAGUCUAGAAGGUCUGCCUUUAUCGCGCGUUCCCUAUGAUCAGUCUGAAAUGCCAUUGCAUCAUCGUCUUGCUCAACCAUCAUCUCUGCAGUUCCAUCCCUUGCAAAUGAGCCAAGGGAGGCCAUUAUUUAAUCCAAUGGAUUCUGGUCCUGCUCAUUUAAAUCCUCAGAUUUUCAAUGGUCGAGAGAGCAUGGCUUUACAUGAAGCUCCUGGUCGUCAGUUUGCUGGAAAUAUAAAUCGACCUCCAUUCCACCACCCUAAUGGUGGACUGACAGGGUUUGAUCUCCCUGCCCACCAUCCUAUGCUGCAGCAGAUGCAGAUGGCUGGAAAUAACCCUAAUCUGCUACAGGACCGUCUAAGGGGCGCACAGGUUCCUUCACAUCUCAGUAAUCAAGCAGCUAACAAUAUGCAGGAAGUUAACAGAGUUCAAGCUUUCCCUUUUGUGCCUCACCAAGUCAACAUUAGUGGCCGUACUGUGCAAAUGCCAGAUCCAGAUAUCAAUAGCAGAAACAAUCAUCCUGAGGCCAUGCAAAGGCUUGCUGAGAGGCAACUUGGGGCUCCUAAGCAGAUCCACCCUUUUGCUGGUGGCAAUGUCCAGGGGAUGUACAGUCACGAGCUUGACAUGGGAUUGCGAUACAGAUAGUUGAUCAGGGAACGAGUCGGUAGCUACAUUUGCAACUGGGUACCAUGUUUUCUUUUCCUGGUUUGACUGAGAAUCCGUUGUUACAACUUUACCAUGUUGUACUGCCUUUACCAUCGAACCAAAGAAUUGGAAACCAUGCUGGCCUUCUGCUUUUUAGCAUGAGGUACAGACAUGUAGACUCCUGGAAAGUUAUGUAAUUUUAGAUUUUAUUUUCUUGUACUGGUAGGGUUUAGGGUCUCAUCUUGUGCAUGCAUGGUUCAAUUAUUUGGCCUUUCAUAUGCCCCUUCUUCUGA